AGAUUUGAGAAAUAUUACGGUGGGAAUUACAUGGGGUGUCCUGUUCCGGGAGGUCCUGCUGACGCUGGCCGCAGGCAGGGGUGGUGUGGGCAAUCUUACGGCCCCGUCUCCACCACUACCGCAACAGUGUCGCCUAUUGAGAAGCUUGCAUAGAAGGCCGCCGCUGCCACCGCUGCCAUGGCAUCAACAGAGUACUGGCUGAUCUCUGCGCCGGGGGACAAGACGUGCCAGCAGACAUGGGAGAAGAUGAACAACGUCACCUCGGCGCAGAACGGUCUCUGCGUCAACCAUAAGUUCCACCUCCCGGACCUCAAGGUGGGCACACUGGACCAGCUGAUGGGCCUGAGCGAUGACCUGGCCAAGCUAGACACCUAUGUGGAGAGUGUGACUCGCAAGAUGGCCGGCUAUCUGGGCGAGGUGCUUGAGGACCAGAGGGACAAGCUGGCCGAGAACCUCCUUGCUAACCAGAUGGACCUGGCUACCUACCUGACUCGCUUCCAGUGGGAGAUGGCCAAGUUCCCCAUCAAGCAGUCCGUCAGAGGCAUCGUGGACGCCAUCAACAACCAGGUCACCCAGAUCGAGAAUGACCUCAAGUCCAAGUCAGCCAACUACAACAACCUCAAGUCAAACCUCGCCAACAUGGAGAGGAAACAAACUGGCAGCCUGCUGACCCGCAACCUGGGCGACCUGGUGAAGAAGGAGGACUUUGUGCAGAACAGCGAAUACCUGGUGACGCUGUUGGUGGUGGUGCCCAAGUCCUUCUACACUGACUGGCAGGCCAAGUAUGAGCAUCUGGCUGAUAUGGUGGUGCCUCGGUCCUCUCGCCUGAUCUUUGAGGACAAUGACCAUGGCCUCUACACUGUCACUCUCUUCUCCAAGGUGGUGGAUGAGUAUAAACUCCACGCUCGAGAGAAUAAGUUCAUUGUGCGAGAGUUCACUUACAAUGAGGAGGAGCUGACGGCUGGCAAGAACGAACUCUCCAAACUGAUCAACGACAAGAAGCGCUACUUUGGUCCUCUCGUGCGUUGGCUAAAAGUGAACUUCAGCGAGUGUUUCAUCUGCUGGACCCACGUGAAGGCCAUCAGGGUGUUUGUGGAGUCUGUGCUCAGGUACGGUCUGCCAGUGAACUUCCAAGCCAUCUUGAUCCACCCCAACAAGAAGAGCAUUAAGAGGCUGCGGGACAUUCUCAACCAGCUCUACAGCCACCUCGACUCCUCAGCCACAGGUGGUGUUGGCGAGACUGUUGACAUCCCUGGCCUGGGCUUCAACACCAGUGAGUACUACCCUUACGUCUACUUCAAGAUCAACACAGACAUGAUUGGGGAGCACCGGCCUUAAGUUUGCUAUUUCUAGACAGACGUAGGAGUGGUAGGUGGGUUUGUAGUGUUGGAGCCCACUGACAGGGAGUUCACUUAGACUUGUUGUUAUGGUAAGCAUUCAGUUUUACCUCCAAGAAUGUUUGUGUAGACUGUUUUUUGAGCCUUUGUGCCUAAAGAUGAAAUUUUAAUGAAGUGAUAAGGUUUUUGGUCUAUGUUGUUAAGUUUCCUGCACAAAAAAUAAUGAAAGUUGCAAUACCUACCCACCUACAUACAUACAUACAUACUCCCAAUAAUUAUGUACAGCUGUAAAAAAGAAGAGUGUGUAAUUUCAAGGGCCAAAUAUUUAUGUAGAAAGAAAGUGUGAAUCGAGUGUUACUUUACAUUGUUGUUGUUACGUGUUGUGGCGGUAACGGUUAGCUAUCACGUGACCCGACCGUGUCUUGAGUGUUACCAAGAAGUGAAGUAUACAUUCCAGAUAACACUCAUACAUCUCCAUCUCUCUGUCUCUCUGUUCCUGUCUCUCUCCUCAGACUCAUCAGGCUAUCCCUUAGUUAGAUAGAAUGAGGUAUGUGGGUCGUUCAUCUUGUGGUUGUGUACAGGACUUCCCUUCCUUGCUUGUGUAUAAAGACAAAAAGGCUGCUACCUGUUCUUUUAUUUCCAAGUCUUAUUGGUAAAUCUAUCCAUUGUCAUUACUCACACUGGUGGAAAUACUACAUGCACUAACACAACAUUCCACUAAGGUUACCACUAACAUCCAGACAUUCACCUGAAUCAGUCUAGUAGUUCUAGCCUUCAGGAGCCCCAUGUAAGAUAUAUUUGGGGUUGCCUAUAGUAGAACCCUCAUCUGUUGUUUUCCUAAUGGUUUUCUGAUUCCUAAGAGCAUUAUGACAUUGGUGAUUGGUUUAUUUGUAGCAUUUACAUAUAUUUAGACUGGUGAUAAAGUCUUUCUUAUGUAUGAGACUCUGACCCAGGACAACACAAGGUCCAGUGAAUGUGCCAGUCAUAGAAGAGUGAAAUCAAAGGGUCUAUCUGAAUUUUAAAUAUCUUGAAUCCUCCUUGAAGUCUGCAUUUUUAGAUAUGCCAAUGAGACACUAGAAACAUUAGCAGCUCUGCAUUGCUCCUGUGUCUGCCAAGUGUUGUGUGGAGGUUCACCUUGGCUCGAGCAGCACAGAAACAAACACAAGGGACGCUGCAGGAAGCCAUCAGGCCGACACGUGGCACUCCCUGUGUCAAAUGUGACGCAGCGGAAGGGAGUGAGGGAAAAAGACUAAAAAAAAAAAAAUGUGGUUUCUGAUCUUGCAAUUGAUAUUGUAUAUUUUUAUCUAAAUUAAAUAUCUUGAGUUGCAGAUAGAUAGAUAGAUUAUAUAUUAUAAAGUUUAUGGGUUAUAUAUAUGCAGUAUAUCGUCCUUGGUGUACAGAGAAGCAUGUACUGUUAUGUUGUACUUAUACAUGUGAAUAUACAUGGUGUAAAUGAA